AUGGAGAACCUGGACCGUGCCUCCACAGUGUGGCAGGAGCCACUGGUGAACGUGUUCCGGGCGUUCAAGGUCGACCAGUUCAAGUGCGCCGACAUGGCCGGGGCGGUGGGCUCGGCGGUGGACAAGACGAUCGGGCGCAAGGUGUUCCAGCUCUCGGGCUCAGUGCCUGCUGCCAACUACCUCCGAGUGCCCAAGAGCAAGUCUGCUUCCCUUAAUCUGGUGGGGCGGUACGUGUAUGUGCAGUUCAAGGCGCCGCGGCGGGCGGCGAGCGUGUACGCCAUGCACUUUGAUGUGAGGACGCAAGACGGGCUCACGCUCCGCAUCUCGCUCUCCAACAUGUAUUCGGAGAUCAAGGUCUCGCCGUCGCUCAUCCAGCUGCCGACAGGUCAUAUCCCCGGUGGCAAGUGGACGGUGCUCGUUCUUGACGCCGCGGCGGUGCUCGACAUGCACUCGACGCGGGUCUAUCAUUCGCUCAAGGCCAUCCAGCUCUGCUCGACACUCCUGGUGCGUAACGUCUUUACCUCGUAUAAUAUCUACUCACCGACAUCGCUUCCGCGCGACAUGGCACUGCCGCUGCGACCGGGGCGGUCGUGGCACGACCUCUACACCUACGACCGACUCCCGGUCCCCGUUGGGGUUGCGCCCGAGGACUUUGUCGAGUCUGGUGCAGAGAUCCCGCUCUCGCGCCCGGUCCCUCCGGCACAUCCGCGUACAAAUGUACCCGCGGCGAGCAGCGCCGACGGCGCGAGCGCGAGCCAGCGGGCGUCAGAGACGGACGGCGGCAGUGGCGGCGAGUCGUGGAGUCCGCAGCGGUCGGGACCGCGAUCGGGCGCUGCGGCGCCGAUGACGCCGGUCCCGAUUCCGCGGGUCGAGGCGCUGGCAUCACCGGCGCGGGCGCGGACAUCUGUCCGCAACAACAUCCCAGUUAACGCUGCACGCACCGCAGCUGCGGCAGCAGCAUCGGCUGCGGCCGACUCUGUCGAGGCGCGACGGGCGCACGCCAAGUCACUCAUGGCGACUAUCAUUCCGCGGGAGACAAUGCCGGAGCCGUCGGUCGAGUCGAUUAUGGCCGAGCCGGACCCAAUGUGCACGCUUGCGUCGGUGAUCGGCUACUCUGGUUCCGUCCCAUCGUCGUGCCUCUGGUCUGCCGAUGGAAGCGAGGCGGUGUACUCUGCUGUCAACAUGGUGGUGGCCACCCGUGUGUGCGCUUCGCCUGCUGCGGCGGCGAGUCACCAACGGUACUUUACCGGGCACACUGCUCCGGUGGUGGCACUCGCGCUGUCGGGCGACGGGCGGCUGUUGGCGAGUGCCCAGGGCGGGAGUGAGCCGAUCAUUCGGGUGUGGGACUUUGCGACCGGCACGUCGCUCGCCGUCUUGCUUGGCCACCACCGCGACGUGUCUGCGCUAACGCUGUCGCGGACCGGGGCGCGGCUGGCGGGCGUGGGUAAGGCCAAGUCGGGCAAGACCAAGCUCGUGGUGUGGGACAUCUCUUCACUGUCGGCGCUAGCACAGGGUGGCAUUGCAUCGGUGGUGGCGACAGCGCACGUCGACCCGCACGUUGGAGUCAUCAAGUUCUCGCCGUUUGGCGACGACCGACUUGUCUCGUGUGGGCUUAACAACGUGCGGUUCUGGCGGCUCAAGGCUGGCGUCCUGCGGUCAUGCCCGGUCUCGCUAGGCGCACACACUGGGCAUCUCUUUACCGACCUGGCGUUUGAAGUCGGGCAUCUUCCACCGGCGGCUGGUGGUGCGGUGCUGGACGACGAAGCGGUGCUGGGGCAGCGGGUGUAUGUGGCGAGCGACUCGGGCAUGGUGUUCCAGAUUGCGUACUCGACGGUUGAGUUGGAGGCCAUUUACCAGCUCCACAACGGUCCCAUCCGGUCACUCUCGGUUGUUGAUGGCUACUGUGUCAGCGGCUCGGACGACGGGUUUCUGCGGGUCUGGCCGCUCGACUUUUCCGACUUUUUCCUCGAGGCUGAGCACGAGUCGGCCGUCACUUCGGUGGCCAUCUCGUACGACUGCCUCAAGAUUCUGUGCGGGACGGCUGCAGGCUCGCUCGGCGCACUGGAUAUUCUGACCCAGUCAUUCACGACUUUUCUCCGUUCGCACACAGCGGGCGUCCACGAUCUCGCAGUCUCACCCAAGGAUGACAGCUUUGCCACGGUUGCCGGUGACGGCUCGGUCCGACUCUGGUCGCUGCCGGACUGCCAGCAGUUGCUCGAGUUCACGGCACCGGGCGACGUACCGCACGCGGUUGCCUUUCAUCCGACGGGCGGGUAUGUGGCGGUCGGCUUUGAGUCAGGCUGGAUGCGUGUGUUUGAGCUGGAGAGUGCGGAGCUCGCGCACGAGUUUAAGCAGCACACAGCACGGAUCGGCAAGUUGGCGUACACGCCCGACGCGGCGGCGCUGUUUUCGGCUUCGGCGGACGGCACUAUUGUCAAGUACGCGGUCGACUCGCUGUACCAGCCAACGCAGUUUAUCGCGCACGGCGUGGUCUCGCCGUCGGGCGAGCUGCCGAUGGCAGUCUCAGCUGAUGGCGGCUGGCUCGCGUACGCAGGGCCGAGCCACGACAUGGUGACGCUGGCAGAGACCGAGUCACUGCAAGCCAUCCAUGUCAUCACGCUGCACACACAGGCCCAGGCGCUGCAUUUUCCGCGGGCGCUUUCGCACGAGCUCCUCAUCUCGACUGUUGACUCUUACCUGUUCCGAGCCGACGCAUCGCGCGGCGAGCUGGUGGCCGGCACGCCGAUGGCCCACUCUGGACUGUUCUCUGCACUUGACGUGACAGCGAACGGACAGUACAUUGCGUCUGGCGGGCACGACGGGGUGCUCAAGGUUUGGGACUACUACCAGCGGGCAGCGCCUGGCGCACAGUCGUUUGUCAACGCCCCGGGUUAUCUCUCAGGAGUGGCGUUUGCCUGUGGCGACUCGCUGGUGGUGAGCGCCGGCGCCGGUGGAGCUGUCUUUGUGUGGCGGUUCCACGGUGACACGACGUCCGAGUUUCGGGCGCGGUCCGAAGCCCAGCUCGAGGCUCUGGCGACGGAGCGAUCCGCGUCGCCGCAUGCACUCUCGAGCUCGGCGAGUGGCUCGCUAGCCGGCUCCCCGGCGCGCUCGGCGAGCGGCUCACCGACGCCUGGCCGCGAACACGGAGCGGAAGCAGCAGGCGUGGUGGAAGACGAUGAUCCGACGUUUGGUGAUGUGGCCAUCAAGGUGGCGAGUGCGUUUUCAGUCGAUCCGCGGCGGGAGCACACGCUGCCGACACGACUUGCCGAGGAGCGGUACACGCCGCCGGAUGCCAACGAGGCGGCACUCUCGCCGCGACUGCUUCUUGGGUACUCGGGCUCGAUAAGCGGGACUGGUGGGCACAACGUGGUCUGGUGCGAGGCCGGCGGGUACGUGGCGUAUGCAUCAGGAGCAGCGGUGGUGCUGGAGGAUCUGGCGUCCAAGGCACAGACGCACCUGUGGGGCCACACAGCGGCGGUCUCUGUGGUGGCGGUCUCGCCGGACGGGUCGCUGGUGGCGUCUGCACCGGGAACAAGCGAUGUCGAUGGCGCUGCGCGGAUCCUGGUUUGGUCUGCGGUGGACGCAGUGUGCCAGAUGUCGCUUGCUUUCCACGAAGCCGGAGUCGUUGCGCUUGCCUUUUCUCCGUCAGGCGAGUACCUUGUCUCUGUUGGGUCACCAGGCGAGCGGUCUGUGGCGGUGUGGGAUUUGCGGUCGUGUGCCAUGAUCGGGUCUGUGGUGCUCGAGCAGCCGCAGCUGUGGGCGGCAUGGUCGCCGACGGCGAACCCACCGGCGUUUGUGACGGGUGGGGUGUACUCGCUGACGAGCUUUACGAUCGAGGGCGGGGCACGACUGGCCGAGCCGCGUGCUGUGGCACUGCCGGCGUCGCUUGGGACUUCGAUCUUCACAGCGGGUGUGUUUGAUUCGUCGCCGCGGCGUGUGUCGCGCAUGGCACGGCGGAUUUACGUGGGGACGUACUCUGGCGAGGUAGCGGUGUUCAACACAUGCAGCGAGGGCGGACCGUCGUUCCUCGGUUCGUGGCGAGUGGUGUCAAGCGAGCACCCACUCGCGGCGCGGCAGGUGACGGUGCUAGGGUGGCGUGCAGACGUUCUCUUCACUGGCGACAUGCACGGCAAGCUCGCGGCAUGGGCUCUUCCGGAGGAUCCGAUGGCGGCUUCUGUGGGUGGGUCGCGGAUCGAGGAGCUGACGGUUGGCGACGCGCCGCUUGUGGCGCUGUCUGCAUCUGCGCUCGGUGACGAUGCGCUUGUGGGGUCCGGCGACGGCAACCUGUGGUUUGUCAACUGGCCCGAGCUCACGGCUGUCCGGCUCCUCUCAGCACAUUCAGACUCUGUGACUGCGGUGAGCUUUGCCGAAGACGAUGCGCUACUUGUCUCUGGCUCGCGCGACGGGUCUGUCCGGCUCUGGUCACACGGGCGCGGGGCGGGACCGUGGGAAGGUGUGGUGCAGUUCCAAGUGGCUUCGCCGUUUACAGGCGUGACAUGUCUCGUGGCGUCCAAGGUGCGGAGCGCGGUGGUGGCGGGCUACUCGGACGGGUGUGUGCGGGUGUUUGAUCUGCGGACGCUCUCGCUGGUGGGCCUACACAAGGCGUUCUCGGACGCGCCUGUGACGGCUGUGGCCGUGGGCGGCAUCCGCGACUCUGCGAUUCUCGCGGGCUCGGGCAACGGUGACGUGGUGGUGCUGGACACCGGCAACGGGGCGGUGCUGAAGCGGAUCGGCGAGCAUGCCGGGGCGCGGAUCGAUUGCAUCGACGUGUCGAGCCUCGAUCCGCAGCUGUGGCUUGUCGGUUCUGCUGACCGACGGGUCUCUGUGUGGCGGACGCGGUGGCGGAGUGACAAGUAUGCACUCGUCGACUGGCUCACGUUUGCGGCACCGCCGAUUCCGGAGCAAGGCGCGACCGGCGCGGCUGAAGGCAACGCGGCCGGUCGGGCCGGAGCGCCGACGCUUGCGGUGUUUUCGCCGGUGGAGCCGGACAUGAUUGUGUACUCGGGCUACGGGGACGCGCCGGCAAUCCUUCUCUACUCGCUGGUUCACGAGGAAGUGUUGCGGUCGCUCCCGCUCGGGCGCGAUCAGUGGCCGCUGACGCUGAGCGUGGUGGCGACGGGGCGAACGCCAAUGGUUGCGAUCGGUCUCGCUGAGCGGGUUCUCAAGCUUGUCGACUACUGGGAGGGAACGUUCCAGGACUUUGUUGGCCACUCGGGCGCGGUGGGCGCGGUGGCGGUCACCGACUCGGGCUCUGCGCUCGUGUCUGGCAGCUCAUGCGGCGACAUCUGCGUGUGGGAUGUGACGGCGUAGGUCUAAUGAAGCCGACUUCAUAGACUG